AUGCCAAACAAACACAUCAAGGUCACGGUCCUCGGGGCUGCCGGUGGGAUCGGCCAGCCUUUGUCGCUUCUGCUCAAACUCAACCCCCACAUCACCGAGUUGGCCCUCUACGACGUCGUCAACGUCCCCGGGGUAGCUGCAGACCUCCACCACAUCGACACAGACGUGAAGAUCUCGUGCUUCAUGCGUCCGGAGAACAAGGAGGAGGAAAAUAAGCCCUUGCAGGAGGCCGUCAAGAACUCCAACUUUGUCAUAAUACCGGCAGGCAUUCCCCGCAAGCCCGGCAUGACGAGAGGCGACCUCUUCAACAUCAAUGCCUCCAUCUGCGCAGAGUUGGCUACCUUCAUUGCGCUGAACGCCCCAGAGGCAACUGUGUUGGUCAUAUCCAACCCGGUCAACUCCACGGUCGCCGUGUUCAAGGAGAUAUUUGUCAAGCACGGCGUUUUCGACGCCAAGAAGCUAUUCGGUGUCACCGCCCUAGACCAUGUCCGCUCAAACACAUUCUUGUCCGAGUUGAUCGAAGGCACCCUUCCUAAUCACUACGACAUCCCCGUCGUGGGUGGCCAUUCCGGCCACUCCAUCGUGCCUCUCUUCUCCCAGUCAAAGGGCGACGUCUCCUUGAAGAUCCUCAACGACGAAAACAUCCUAGACGCCUUGAUCCACAGAGUCCAGUAUGGCGGUGACGAAGUUGUGGAGGCCAAGCAGGGCAAGGGCUCAAGCACGUUGUCGAUGGCGUACGCCGCCAACAAAUUCUUCAACAUCGUAUUGAACGGCUACCUCAACCUUAAAAUCACAGAACUAGCAAGCUACAUAUAUCUAGACAAUGCCAUUCCAGGUGUCACGGAGUUGAAGAGAGACUUGAAGCCUCUUUUGGACUCCCAGCAUCUGGAAAUGCCCGAGUUUCUGGCAACCCCAAUGACCUACGGCCCAGACGGUGUUGCAGCUGUGAACUACUCCUGGGUCAAGGCCAUGAAUGGCAAGGAACGGGAAAUGUUCUACAUCGCCACAGACUUUAUCAACCAGAACGUCGAAAAGGGUGUCAGCUUUGUUAAGGCAUAG